CUUACGCCAGUGUGAUCGCAAAACUUCUAACAAUGAUAACCAAUGUACGAUUCUUUCAAUGGUUUACUACAAGCACGAUACUUCUUUUAAUAUUAUUACAAAUGGCUAAUUCAACAAGAAAUGAAGUGCAAACUGUGAGAAGUUUAAAAGAUAAUCCUAUAAAGGAUAUAUUGUUCCACGAUGAUCAAACAGAUAACGCUAGAGAAACGCACAUCAUAAUUAAGAGGCAAUCAGACAGAUAUCGUUACACUCCGCGUCCUGAAUCGUUACCUAUAUUAGUUGGAGGAGGUGGAAUUGGAGGAUUUGGUAGGGGAUUUGGUCCAAGAGGAGCUCCCGGUAGAGGAUUUGGUGCCAGAUCUGUUGGAGCAAGAGGUUUUGGCGCAAGAGGGUUGGGCGGCCGAGGAAUAGGCGGACUCGGAGGAAGAGGCCGAGGAUAAUAAUCCAU